CCUGACGAUGGCGUCAGCCGUGGAUUAUGUGUUGUUGCUGGUAGCUGCCGUGCUGGGACCGUACCACGUUGGGGUGGAAGGAGGGUGCGCUGGGAAGUGCUGCCGGGGUUCAGACAUCACCUGUUCAACGGCAGACUGGAGGAUGGACCGUGUGUUCGGCACCUGCUACUGCGACGAGGGCUGCCUCAGGACCAAAGACUGUUGCUAUGACUACCCCACCGAGUGCCCAGCCCAGUCGUGUGUGGUGACUGACUGGAGUCACUGGAGCGGUUGUGCCCAGCCCUGCCAGCGGUCCAGGAGGGUCCGGCAGCGCCACAUUGAGCAGGAGCCCAGGAACAGUGCAGAUCCAUGUCCCAGUCUGGAGGAGCAGGCUGGCUGCAUGGACUACCAGUCAAACCAUGGAGAGAUCUGCACUCAGAACACAGGUCCAGCUUUCAUCACCACCAGGGAGUUUGGUAAAGGAAGAACAAAGCCUGACAUCUACGGAGCACCUCUGUACCCUGGGUUCUGUAUGGAGUAUAAGAUGGAGUCUCUGACUACCCACUGUACGGUGGAGAACAGACCACACACCCACUGGAUGCAGUACCUACGUGAGGGCUACACGGUGUGUGUGGCGUGCCAACCCCCCGCCAUGCGUAACCAUAGCGGCAGCUGCCAGGGAGACGGACAAGAAUCCAACAGUGAGGAGCUGCUCCAUUGGCAGGCUGUGGGGAACUCUGGCUGUCGUGGAACGUGGAAGAAGGUCCAGAGAACAGCAUACUGCUCCUGUCCUCACGUCCACAGCUUCCUCUUCAUAUAAACACACAGGAAGUCUUACUUGCGGUCCUACUUGCACCCGUAUUCCCUAUAUGGUGCACUACUUUAGACCAGAGCCCUAUGGCACCCUAUUUCCUAUAUAGUGCACUACUUUAGACCAGAGCCCUAUGGCACCCUAUUCCCUAUAUAGUGCACUACUUUAGACCAUAACCCUAUGGCACACUAUUCCCUAUAUAGUGCACUACUUUAGACCAUAACCCUAUGGCACCCUAUUCCCUAUAUGGUGCACUACUUUAGACCAGAACCCUAUGGCACCCUAUUCCCUAUAUAGUGCACUACUUUAGACCAGAACCCUAUGGCACCAUAUUCCCUA